UUUAAAGAGGUUUAACUGUAUGUUAUCUGUUUUCUUGCAGUUCCGAUCAAAUUACAGGAGAGUAUUACUUGCUAUGCAUGUUCACAUAAAUCUUGAUUUUAGUCCAGUUGGUGGACAAAAAUUGAAAUAAGGCAGUUUCAAUUAUCUGGACUGCGAUAAAUGUUGGUGAUCGAGUUGAUGGUGCUUUGAAAGACAUGGCAGUUGUAAUGAAACAGUUAAACGGACCCGUUGAGGCGAUUCAGGCUCUUUCAAACAUCCUAUCCUUUUGAAUCACAACAAUAUCUUCACAGCAUACUCCUUUUAUACGGGAUUUGCUUUUGUUUCUAAGGUGCUUGGAUGUUGCGGAAGGAGUUAUGUCUUACAGAGGGCAGAUUGCAGUUAUACAUAUAAAUAGCGACGGUAGUGAAGAAGGGGCAACAUUUCUAAAGAUUCCCUAACCAUCUGCUGAACCAGAAACUCUGAUGUUGCAGAAGAUAGAGUAGGUUGAAGAACAUGCAUAAUUGCAUAUGCUGUUUCGGAACUUGUAGCAUUUAAUUCUGGUCCAUAUACCCUUUAGUUGCAAGCAUGAGGACCUACCACCAAAUGGCGGCAGUUAUUUUCCUCGGCCAUUGAACGGUAUCAGUAAGUCCCAUUUUCUUUUGAUCUGCCUCUAGAUACUUUAUAGUAGCUGACAACUUUCUUGGACAUGACUUUUUCAAACCAUGGUAUUGUUGUUCAAUUUCGAUGAAAUUCCUCUCUACAGGUAACAUUUCUACAUAUUAAUGUACAACUUUUAUUUUGACAAAGUGACUACAUUUGCUAUCUCACAUUUUCAUGGAAUUCUUCAGCAAAUUUGAUACUGCGGCUUGUAAUUUUCCUGGGCAGGGGAGCAUGCAACUUGCUAAUCACAACUGUCUUGGACAUGACUUUUUCCAACCAUGGUAUUGUUGUACAAUUUCGUUGAAAUUCCUCUCUACAGGUAACAUUUCUACAUAUUGUACAACGUUCAUUUUUACUAAGUGACUAUAUUUUCUAUCUCACAUGUUCUGUGGGCGGGAGUGCUUGCAACUGCUAAUUAAAUAAAGCGAUGGGUUUUCAUGACACAAUGCUCUGCACAUGAAUCACAUUCCAAAAUACCAUCUAAUGUUUUACUUGUAAUUAGGUUUUGGCACAAACUGCUGGUCAUGAUUCAUAUCUACCAAUCAGCCAUAACCUUGUUGUAUCGAUGGUGAGUUAACGACGGCAGCACUCUUCUACACAUUAUUCCUUUGCAAACAAUAUAGGAUGUUGUAUUAUACAUGUUUAUAACAUAAUAUUUCUAGUAGCAUACUUUCUGCAAAUUAAUAUAACGUUUCAAGAAGUAGAAAGUACUUUAUUGUCCUCAUAUGGAUAAGAAAAACCCACAUCUCAUAUUAAAUAAGCAAACUCAUACCAAGAAUUUUGUAUGAUCAACUAUUUAACUGUAUACUAAUUGCAUCCCCUGUCCUGCUUAAGCUAUAAAGUGUAUUCCGGCUUAAUUUAUUUACAAGAAAAAGUUAAGUAGAUCGGUACCACUAAUAUGACAAUAUGACUCGUUACCAAGUUUGGUACCACUUAAUAAGACAAUGUGGCUCAAUUUGUUAGGACUGAUGGAGUAUUCUUGUCCAACUGUACAUAUGACAUGAUUGGUACCACUUAAUAAUUAAUAUGACAAUAUGACUCAUUGUUCGAUGACUGUUAGAGCUACAUUUUGUCAAAUUGUAUUUACAUUGUACAACUUGCAAAUUCAAGGUCUGUUACUAACCUCAUUUGCAUGGUUGUGACUUGUUUUUCAUAUAUUGUGGAACUUCAAAAAUAAUUUAAUCUUUUAUCUUAUAUUGGUAUGCUUCCGUGUUUCGGGAAAUUACAUCUGAUACAUCUUAUAUUGUGAUCAUUCUCUUGCAUUUAAUCUUUAAAUGCAAGAGACUCUAAUUAGUAAUUACAGGGUGAUGGGGAGAAGAUUCAGAUCCUUGAGUAUGGUCAUGGUACGAGGGAGAAUGAUCCUUACCACACGAAUCCUCCUUAUACUGUUCAUAAACUCAAGCGGAAAGUCUUUAUCUAUUGUACAGAUUGGGAACUAAAUUGGACGUACCACCACAUACUGUUCAUAAACUCAAGCGGAAAGUCUUUAUCUAUUGUACAGAUUGGGAAAUAAAUUGGACAUACCACCACAUACCUUUCAUGCUCUCAUAUUGUGGUUCAUGUUGAGGUGCUACUGUUUCUUCUCAAAAGUGGGCUGAAGUUUCAAUAAAUGCUAUAAAGGAUGCACCAUUGUCUACAAGCUGUCCUCCGGGGAACUGUUUGUCGGACCAAAACUUAAGCCGCUUCAAUCUCAGGAGCAGGACUAUGUGGCUGGGCUAGCCCUGUUUCACCUCUCGAGAUGCCAAGCACAGUCAUCUUGGUUUUGCACAUUAUUGGAACUUACAGAAGGCAUUGGGCUGAUCGUUGGGGCUUCUGUAAGCAUUAUUUGAGUUUUGCUAUAGCUUUUUUUCUCAAAGUUCUAGCACAUCUAACGAAUUGUUAUAAUCAGGUGAGAGAGGAUGCGCUCUGCUAGCAUUUGACUGUAUCAAGAAUGGUGGGGGAGUAGUUCCCAGCACAUAUGUUGGAAUACAAACAAUAUACACUGUUCUAUAUUGGGAAUGGUUUAUUUCACUGCACAGUACUUUGGUUGAAAUCCCAUUUGAGUAAUAGGAUAUCAAAUAUCUGUCAAAAGUUAAGGGCUUUGCUAUCUAUUAAACGGCAGGUUAAGUGACAAGGAAUAAUACACUGAAAGAUUUGAGAGGUGGGAAGGUGCUCGGAUGUUGCGGAAGGAGUUAUUUUUUUUACAGAGGGCAGAUUGCAGUUAUACAUAUAAAUGGUGACGGUAGUGAAGAAGGGACAACAAUCUAAAGAUUCACUAACCAUCUGCUGAACCAGAAACUCUGGUGGCUGGGAUGAGUUUAAAGCAACUAAAAUUUUUAUCCAUUUAUCAAGCCAAAUUAGAGUUGCAGAAGAUAGAGUUGGUUGAAGAACAUGCAUAAUUGCAUAUGCUGUUUCAGAACUUGUAGCAUUUAAUUCUGGUCCAUAUACCCUUUACUUGCAAGCAUGAGGACCUAUCACCAAAUGGCGGCAGUUAUUUUCCUCGUCCAUUGAACAGUAUCAGUAAGUACCAUUUUCUUUUGAUCUUCCUCUAGAUACUUUAUACAGUAGCUCACAACUUUCUUGGACAUGAGUUUUUCAAACCAUGGUAUUGUUGUACAAUUUCGAUGAAAUUCCUCUCUACAGGUAACAUUUCUACAUAUUAAUUUACAACGUUUAUUUUGACAAAGUGACUACAUUUGCUAUCUCACAUGUUCAUGGAAUUCUUCAGCAAAUUUGAUACUGCGGCUUGUCGUUUUCGUGGGCAGGGGUGCAUGCAACUUGCUAAUCACAACUGUCUUGGACAUGACUUUUUCAAACCAUGGUAUUGUUGUACAAUAUCGAUGAAAUUCCUCUCUACAGGUAACAUUUCUACAUAUUAAUGUACUACGUUCAUUUUUACAAAGUGACCAUAUUUGCUAUCUCACAUGUUCUGUGGGCGGGAGUGCAUGCAACUGCUAAUCAAAUAAAGCGAUGGGUUUUCAUGACAGAAUGCUCUGUACAUGAAUCACAUUCCAAAAGACCAUCUAAUGUUUUACUUGUAAUUAGGUUUUGGGCACAAACUGCUGGUCAUGAUUUAUAUCUACCAAUCAGCCAUAACCUUGUUGUAUCGAUGGUGAGUUAACGACGGCAGCACUCUUCUACACAUUAUUUCUUUGCAAGCAAUAUUGGCUGUCGUAUUAUACAUGUUUAUAACAUAAUAUUUCUAGCAGCAUACUUUCUGCAAAUUAAUAUAACGUUUCAAAAAGUAGAAGGUACUUUAUUGUCCUCGUAUGGAUAAGAAAAACCCAUUUCUCAUAUUAAAUAAGCAAACUCAUACCAAGAAUUUUGUAUGAUCAACUAUUUAACUGUAUACUAAUUGCAUCCCCAGUCCUGCUUAAGCUAUAAAGUGUAUUCCGGCCUAAUUUAUUUACAAGAAAAAGUUAAAUAGAUCGGUUAUGACUCGUCACCAGGUUUGGUUCCACUUAAUAAGACAAUGUGACUCAAUUUGUGAGGACUGAUGGAGCUUUAUUCUUGUCCAACUGUACAUAUGACAUGAUUGGUACCACUUAAUAAUUAAUAUGACAAUAUGACUCAUUAUUGGACGACUGUUAGAGUUACAUUUUGUCAAAUUGUAUAUACAUUGUACGACAUGCACAUUCAAGGUCUGUUAUUAACCUUGCAUAGUUGUGAAUUGUUUUUCAUAUAUUGUGGUGGAUAUUUCUAAAAAUAUUUAAUCUUUUAUCUUAUAUUGGUAUGCUUCCGUGUUUCCGGAAAUUACAUCUGAUACUAUACUUUUUGGGUAUAAUAUAUCUUUCAAUGCAAGAGACUCUAAUUUCAGGGUGAUGGGGAGAAGAUUCAGAUCCUUGAGUAUGGUCAUGGUACGAGGGAGAAUGAUCCUUACCACAUGAAUCCUCCUUAGACUGUUGAUAAACUCAAGCGGAAAGUCUUUAUCCAUUGUACAGAUUGGGAAAUAAAUUGGACAUACCACCACUUGGGGAACAAACAAGGCUUGAAUUAUCCAGAUUUUGGCUCACAUCAAUGCCUCACAUCGUAAAGAAACUUAUACUGCAACAUAUAUGGAGAAGAUCCGCUUAAAGCUUUGGACAGAACUAUAUAGCGAUUUUGAGAUAAUCAACCAGAAGGCAGCUUUAUUAUUGGAGUCCAGUAUCAGCUGAAUGUGAUGCAUAUUUGGCAAACGAAGCGACAAAAAUGUUAACAGCAAACAAGUUAGUUCUCAAAGAAAUUUCUUGCACCAGUUCUUUUAUGAUUUUAUUAUAUAUAAUUCCUUUUAUUUUUUGAAAGGGGAUCUUAGAAUUGUUUUUCGCCUUUGCUUACAUAAGAGAGAGAAGUAAAUCUUGGAAAUCGAUUAGUGACAAAUGACAAGAAUAUUAGAAGUAAAAGAUGUGGGGAAAAGUAUAUCUCCCAUUGCUGGAGAGUCCUCAUUAUAUAUAUUAAUCAUUGAACAGUAUCUGUAAGUCCCAUUUUCUUUUGACCUACCUAUAGAUCCUUUAUACAGUAGCUCAAAAUUGUCCUGGGCAGGGCCUUUUUCGAACCACGGAAACCUAUAUUGUUGUACAAUUUCGAUGAAGUUCCUCUCAUUUCUCAUAUUAAAUAAGCAAACUCAUACCAAGAAUUUUGUAUGAUCAAUUAUUUAACUGUAUACUAAUUGCAUCCCCAGUCCUGCUUAAGCUAUAAAGUGUAUUCCGGACUAAUUUAUUUACAAGAAAAAGUUAUAUAGAUCGGCACCACUAAUAUGACAAUAUGACUCGUUGCCAAGUUUGGUACCACUUAAUAAGACAAUGUGACUCAAUUUUUGAGGACUGAUGGAACUUUAUUCUUGUCCAACUGUACAUAUGACAUGAUUGGAACCACUUAAUAAUUAAUAUGACAAUAUGACUCAUGUUCGAGGACUGUUAGAGCUACAUUUUGUCAAAUUGUAUAUAUAUUGUACAACAUGCACAUUCAAGGUCUGUUCCUAACCUCAUUUGCAUUGUUGUGAAUUGUUUUUCAUAUAUUGUGGUGUGAACUUCUAAAAAUAUUUAAUCUUCUAUCUUAUAUUGGUAUGCUUCCAUGUUUCCGGAAAUUACAUCUGAUACUAUACUUUUUGGGUGUAAUAUAUCUUUCAAUGCAAGAGACUCUAAUUACAGGGUGAUGGGGAGAAGAUUCAGAUCCUUGAGUAUGGUCAUGGUACGAGGGAGAAUGAUCCUUACCACACGAAUCCUCCUUAUACUGUUCAUAAACUCAAGCGGAAAGUCUUUAUCUAUUGUACAGAUUGGGAAAUAAAUUGGACAUACCACCACAUACUGUUCAUAAACUCAAGCGGAAAGUCUUUAUCUAUUGUACAGAUUGGGAAAUAAAUUGGACAUACCACCACAUACUGUUGAUAAACUCAAGCAAAAAGUCUUUAUGUACUGUACAGAUUGGGAAAUAAAUUGGACAUACGACCACAAUUCAGGGCUGGAAGAAUAUCUUCGCAAUUGGUAAUAUUACAGAUCGUAAGUAAAUGCGAUAAAGGAUGCACCAUAGUCUACAAGCUGGCCUCCGGGGAACUGUUUGUCGGACCAAAACUUAAGCCGCUUCAGUUUAUGCUGUCUGAAGAUCUCAGGAGCAGGACUAUGUGGCUGGGCUAGCCCGGUUUCACCUCUCGAGUCAUCUUGGUUUUGCACAUUAAUGGAACUAACAGAAGGCAUUGGGCUGAUCGUUUGGGCUUCUGUAAGAGAGGAUGUGCUCCGCUAGCAUUUGACUGUAUCAAGAAUGGUGGGGGAGUAGAUUCAGCACAUUUUUUGGAAUACAAACAAUAUACACUGUUCUAUAUUGGCAAUGGUUUAUUACACUGCACAGCACUUUGGUUGAAAUCCCAUUUGAGUAAUAGGAUAUCAAAUAUCUGUCAAAAGGUAAGGGCUCUGCUAUCUAUUAAACUGCAGGUUAAAUGACAGGGAAUAAUACACUGAAAGAUUUGAGAGGUGGGAAGGUAAGAUGCAGAAGUUACAUAACCAAAGGUGAAUUUUAUUUCAUUUAUCUUCCGAACAGAGAAUCAGCCAAGCUAGUUCCUUUACUAACAUAUACAGACCAAUUUGUCUAGUAAUCUUAAUUACUUAAAUUGGGUUAUUUUGGCAUAAUUGCAUCUAAUAACUGUUUGAAUCUUUACUUUAGUUUUUAUUAGAGCUUAAGCAUCUUGAGAAUUUUGAUGGGUCGUUAACUUUUAGCUGGUAUUGUGUUGAUUUUCCUAGUCCAUCUUGACAUUCGUGGUCAUGAAGAUGAAGAUGAAGCUACGUGUUAGUCAUCUGGGAAUCUUUAAUUAUGUUUUCACUCAACCUCUAUCUUAAUGCAGGUGCUUGGAUGUUGCGGAAGGAGUUAUGUCUUACAGAGGGCAGAUUGCAGUUAUACAUAUAAAUAGCGACGGUAGUGAAGAAGGGGCAACAUUUCUAAAGAUUCCCUAACCAUCUGCUGAACCAGAAACUCUGAUGGUUGGGAUGAGUUUAAAGCAACUAAAAUUUUUAACCAUUUAUCGAGGAGUAAUCUUUUAUAUUCGUUACAUGGUAAUAUAAAUGUAGAACUAGUAAAUGAUUAUGAUUGGUAUGAGUAGGAAACAAGCCAGUCAAGCAUGCAUGAAUCUAUUGAAUAAGCUUUAGAAAAUUCUGGUCUAAGUGGAAUAGGGGAUGGAUGUCACCCAAUGAGAUUGAGUGUAAUCUGGUUAAACACUAACAUUGGUCAGGAAAAGUGCUCCCUGUGAAAAGUCUUGAUUAAGAUACAGAACCCGACUGAGCAACAAGUGAUUAAAAGUGUGUCCUGCAGUGUAUAUUUCUACUUCAGUUUAUCCCAGAGAUGUUUUCCUUUUUGCAUUUUAUUUCUUUUUCCAGUUUCUUUGAGUUUGUCACUUGUUCUCACAUAAAUUUACUCUGUGCAGUUGCAGAAGAUAGAGUAGGUUGAAGAACAUGCAUAAUUGCAUAUGCUGUUUCGGAACUUGUAGCAUUUAAUUCUGGUCCAUAUACCCUUUAGUUGCAAGCAUGAGGACCUACCACCAAAUGGCGGCAGUUAUUUUCCUCGGCCAUUGAACGGUAUCAGUAAGUCCCAUUUUCUUUUGAUCUGCCUCUAGAUACUUUAUAGUAGCUGACAACUUUCUUGGACAUGACUUUUUCAAACCAUGGUAUUGUUGUUCAAUUUCGAUGAAAUUCCUCUCUACAGGUAACAUUUCUACAUAUUAAUGUACAACUUUUAUUUUGACAAAGUGACUACAUUUGCUAUCUCACAUUUUCAUGGAAUUCUUCAGCAAAUUUGAUACUGCGGCUUGUAAUUUUCCUGGGCAGGGGAGCAUGCAACUUGCUAAUCACAACUGUCUUGGACAUGACUUUUUCCAACCAUGGUAUUGUUGUACAAUUUCGUUGAAAUUCCUCUCUACAGGUAACAUUUCUACAUAUUGUACAACGUUCAUUUUUACUAAGUGACUAUAUUUUCUAUCUCACAUGUUCUGUGGGCGGGAGUGCUUGCAACUGCUAAUUAAAUAAAGCGAUGGGUUUUCAUGACACAAUGCUCUGCACAUGAAUCACAUUCCAAAAUACCAUCUAAUGUUUUACUUGUAAUUAGGUUUUGGCACAAACUGCUGGUCAUGAUUCAUAUCUACCAAUCAGCCAUAACCUUGUUGUAUCGAUGGUGAGUUAACGACGGCAGCACUCUUCUACACAUUAUUCCUUUGCAAACAAUAUAGGAUGUUGUAUUAUACAUGUUUAUAACAUAAUAUUUCUAGUAGCAUACUUUCUGCAAAUUAAUAUAACGUUUCAAGAAGUAGAAAGUACUUUAUUGUCCUCAUAUGGAUAAGAAAAACCCACAUCUCAUAUUAAAUAAGCAAACUCAUACCAAGAAUUUUGUAUGAUCAACUAUUUAACUGUAUACUAAUUGCAUCCCCUGUCCUGCUUAAGCUAUAAAGUGUAUUCCGGCUUAAUUUAUUUACAAGAAAAAGUUAAGUAGAUCGGUACCACUAAUAUGACAAUAUGACUCGUUACCAAGUUUGGUACCACUUAAUAAGACAAUGUGGCUCAAUUUGUUAGGACUGAUGGAGUAUUCUUGUCCAACUGUACAUAUGACAUGAUUGGUACCACUUAAUAAUUAAUAUGACAAUAUGACUCAUUGUUCGAUGACUGUUAGAGCUACAUUUUGUCAAAUUGUAUUUACAUUGUACAACUUGCACAUUCAAGGUCUGUUACUAACCUCAUUUGCAUGGUUGUGACUUGUUUUUCAUAUAUUGUGGAACUUCAAAAAUAAUUUAAUCUUUUAUCUUAUAUUGGUAUGCUUCCGUGUUUCUGGAAAUUACAUCUGAUACAUCUUAUAUUGUGAUCAUUCUCUUGCAUUUAAUCUUUAAAUGCAAGAGACUCUAAUUAGUAAUUACAGGGUGAUGGGAAGAAGAUUCAGAUCCUUGAGUAUGGUCAUGGUACGAGGGAGAAUGAUCCUUACCACACGAAUCCUCCUUAUACUGUUCAUAAACUCAAGCGGAAAGUCUUUAUCUAUUGUACAGAUUGGGAAAUAAAUUGGACAUACCACCACAUACUGUUCAUAAACUCAAGCGGAAAGUCUUUAUCUAUUGUACAGAUUGGGAAAUAAAUUGGACAUACCACCACAUACCUUUCAUGCUCUCAUAUUGUGGUUCAUGUUGAGGUGCUACUGUUUCUUCUCAAAAGUGGGCUGAAGUUUCAAUAAAUGCUAUAAAGGAUGCACCAUUGUCUACAAGCUGUCCUCCGGGGAACUGUUUGUCGGACCAAAACUUAAGCCGCUUCAAUCUCAGGAGCAGGACUAUGUGGCUGGGCUAGCCCUGUUUCACCUCUCGAGAUGCCAAGCACAGUCAUCUUGGUUUUGCACAUUAUUGGAACUUACAGAAGGCAUUGGGCUGAUCGUUGGGGCUUCUGUAAGCAUUAUUUGAGUUUUGCUAUAGCUUUUUUUCUCAAAGUUCUAGCACAUCUAACGAAUUGUUAUCAUCAGGUGAGAGAGGAUGCGCUCUGCUAGCAUUUGACUGUAUCAAGAAUGGUGGGGGAGUAGUUCCCAGCACAUAUGUUGGAAUACAAACAAUAUACACUGUUCUAUAUUGGGAAUGGUUUAUUUCACUGCACAGUACUUUGGUUGAAAUCCCAUUUGAGUAAUAGGAUAUCAAAUAUCUGUCAAAAGUUAAGGGCUUUGCUAUCUAUUAAACGGCAGGUUAAGUGACAAGGAAUAAUACACUGAAAGAUUUGAGAGGUGGGAAGGUGCUCGGAUGUUGCGGAAGGAGUUAUUUUUUUUACAGAGGGCAGAUUGCAGUUAUACAUAUAAAUGGUGAUGGUAGUGAAGAAGGGACAACAAUCUAAAGAUUCACUAACCAUCUGCUGAACCAGAAACUCUGGUGGCUGGGAUGAGUUUAAAGCAACUAAAAUUUUUAUCCAUUUAUCAAGCCAAAUUAGAGUUGCAGAAGAUAGAGUUGGUUGAAGAACAUGCAUAAUUGCAUAUGCUGUUUCAGAACUUGUAGCAUUUAAUUCUGGUCCAUAUACCCUUUACUUGCAAGCAUGAGGACCUAUCACCAAAUGGCGGCAGUUAUUUUCCUCGUCCAUUGAACAGUAUCAGUAAGUACCAUUUUCUUUUGAUCUUCCUCUAGAUACUUUAUACAGUAGCUCACAACUUUCUUGGACAUGAGUUUUUCAAACCAUGGUAUUGUUGUACAAUUUCGAUGAAAUUCCUCUCUACAGGUAACAUUUCUACAUAUUAAUUUACAACGUUUAUUUUGACAAAGUGACUACAUUUGCUAUCUCACAUGUUCAUGGAAUUCUUCAGCAAAUUUGAUACUGCGGCUUGUCGUUUUCGUGGGCAGGGGUGCAUGCAACUUGCUAAUCACAACUGUCUUGGACAUGACUUUUUCAAACCAUGGUAUUGUUGUACAAUAUCGAUGAAAUUCCUCUCUACAGGUAACAUUUCUACAUAUUAAUGUACUACGUUCAUUUUUACAAAGUGACCAUAUUUGCUAUCUCACAUGUUCUGUGGGCGGGAGUGCAUGCAACUGCUAAUCAAAUAAAGCGAUGGGUUUUCAUGACAGAAUGCUCUGUACAUGAAUCACAUUCCAAAAGACCAUCUAAUGUUUUACUUGUAAUUAGGUUUUGGGCACAAACUGCUGGUCAUGAUUUAUAUCUACCAAUCAGCCAUAACCUUGUUGUAUCGAUGGUGAGUUAACAACGGCAGCACUCUUCUACACAUUAUUUCUUUGCAAGCAAUAUUGGCUGUCGUAUUAUACAUGUUUAUAACAUAAUAUUUCUAGCAGCAUACUUUCUGCAAAUUAAUAUAACGUUUCAAAAAGUAGAAGGUACUUUAUUGUCCUCGUAUGGAUAAGAAAAACCCAUUUCUCAUAUUAAAUAAGCAAACUCAUACCAAGAAUUUUGUAUGAUCAACUAUUUAACUGUAUACUAAUUGCAUCCCCAGUCCUGCUUAAGCUAUAAAGUGUAUUCCGGCCUAAUUUAUUUACAAGAAAAAGUUAAAUAGAUCGGUUAUGACUCGUCACCAGGUUUGGUUCCACUUAAUAAGACAAUGUGACUCAAUUUGUGAGGACUGAUGGAGCUUUAUUCUUGUCCAACUGUACAUAUGACAUGAUUGGUACCACUUAAUAAUUAAUAUGACAAUAUGACUCAUUAUUGGAGGACUGUUAGAGUUACAUUUUGUCAAAUUGUAUAUACAUUGUACGACAUGCACAUUCAAGGUCUGUUAUUAACCUUGCAUAGUUGUGAAUGGUUUUUCAUAUAUCGUGGUGGAUAUUUCUAAAAAUAUUUAAUCUUUUAUCUUAUAUUGGUAUGCUUCCGUGUUUCCGGAAAUUACAUCUGAUACUAUACUUUUUGGGUAUAAUAUAUCUUUCAAUGCAAGAGACUCUAAUUUCAGGGUGAUGGGGAGAAGAUUCAGAUCCUUGAGUAUGGUCAUGGUACGAGGGAGAAUGAUCCUUACCACAUGAAUCCUCCUUGUACUGCUUUUAUUUAUAAUCUCCUUCUACUUUAUAAGCAUAUGGAACUAUUUAAAUAAUAAGUUAUGUUUUCUCAUUUGUUUCAGGACGAGUGUAUGUAAUAUGAGUUUUUUUAAAAACUAAUUACGUAAUUUAAUUCGCACGUUGGUUUGUUUAAUACCAUUAAGAGAGAAACUGGUCGAAAUGAAUCAUAUUUGGGGGGCCGAAACAACAGAAAAUUUGGACUACUAUUAACUUAUGAACAUAGACAAAACAUUCGCCAAAAAGGUGCUACUGUUGCAUCUCAAAAGUGGGCUGAAGUUUCAAGUUUCCGGGUUCUCUGUUCAUUCACUCUGAUACUGAUUUGAAUCUUGUUGUGUUUCAUAGAGACUGUUGAUAAACUCUAGCAGAAUGUCUUUAUCUAUUCUACAGAUUGGGAAAUAAAUUGGACAUACCACCACGUAAGUCUGCUGAUCUUCUAAUUACUUCUUUCAAAUCCUCAUUGCAGACACCUUUUAUGCUCUCAUAAUGAGGUUCACACACACACACACAGACUAGUGCAGGCUCAUAUACUAUAUAUAUGUAUAUUUAAUAGGAAACAAAUGUUAUAUAUCUUUGCGCCCCACCUAAAAAAAGAUUUUGUGGUUUUGCUAACUAUUGAACUGGAGGUUAAGUGACAGGGAAUAAUACACUGAAAGAUUUGAGGCGUGGGAAGGUAAGAUGCAGAAGUUACAUAACCAAAGGUGAAUUUUAUUUCAUUUAUCUUCCGAACAGAGAAUCAGCCAAGCUAGUUACUUUACUAACAUAUACAGACCAAUUUGUCUAGUAAUCUUAAUUACUUAAAUUGGGUUAUUUUGGCAUAAUUGCAUCUAAUAACUGUUGGAAUCUUUUAUUUAGUUUUUAUGAGAGCAUAAGCAUCUUGAGAAUUUAAAAUUAAUGGGUCAGUCAACUUGUAGCUGGUAUUGUGUUGAUUUUCCUAGUUCCUCUUGAUAUUCGUGGUCAUGAAGUUGAAGCUAUGUGUUAGUCAUCUGGGAGCGAGCUGUUUUCUUAUUACUGUAAAAUGAAAUUAUUUUUUUAACAUAAAUCUGUUUUCAGAGACUUUAUGUUGAUGUUUCUUUUUAUGUCUUUACUUAACCUCUAUCUUAAUGUGCAGCUCAGAUGUUGCAGAAGGAGUCGUUCUUAUAAAUAGUGAUGGUAGUGAGGAAGCGGCAAAAAUCUUUAAAAUUUUCGAAACAUCUGCUUAGCCAGAAAUCCUGAUUGCUGGGAUGAGUUCAAAGCAACUCAUAUUUUGGUCUUUUUAUCAAGCAAAACUGGAGUCUUAGUGGAGGGAUGUGACCCCAUGUUAGAGAUGGAGUGUAGUCUAGUUAACCACUGAAAUUGGCCAGGAAAAGUGUUACCUGCGAAAAGGCUUGAUUACGAUAUGGAACCCGACUGAGCAGCAAGUGAUUACAAGUGUCCUACAGUGUGUAUUCCAAGUUGGUUGAAGAACAUGCUUACUGUGUUUCAGAAAUUGUAGCUUUUAAUUUUGGUUCACAAGGACCUACGGCCAAAUGGCGGCAGUUUUUUCCUCGGUCAUUGAACAGUAUCUGUAAGUCCCAUUUUCUUUGACCUACCUAUAGAUCCUUUAUACAGUAGCCCAAAUUGUCCUGGGCAGGUCCUUUUUCGAACCACAGAAACCUAUAUUGUUGUACAAUUUCGUUGAAGUUCCUCUCUCAAGGUAACAAUUCUCCAUAAUAAUGUAUAACGGUUCAUUUUUACAAAGUGACUCCAUUUCCUAUCUCACAUGUUCAUGGAAUUCUACAGCAAAUUUGAUACUGCGGGACUUGUCGUUUUCGUGGGCAGGAGUGCAUGCAACUUGCUAAUCAAAGAAAGCAAUGGGUUUUCAUGACAAAGUGGGCACGGGUGCAUGCAACUUGCUAAUCACAACUGUCUUGGACAUGAGUUUUUCAAACCAUGGUAUUGUUGUACAAUUUCGAUGAAAUUCCUCUCUACAGCAAAUUUGAUACUGCGGCUUGUCGUUUUCGUGGGCAGGGGUGCAUGCAACUUGCUAAUCACAGCUGUCCUGGACAUGACUUUUUCAAACCAUGGUAUUGUUGCACAAUUUCGAUGAAAUUUCUCUCUACAGGUAACAUUUCUACAUAUUAAUGUACAACGUUCAUUUUUACACAGUCACCAUAUUUGCUAUCUCACAUGUUCUGUGGGCGGGAGUGCAUGCAACUGCUAAUCACAUAUAGUGAUGGGUUUUCAUGACAGAAUGCUCUGUACAUGAAUCACAUUCCAAAAGACCAUCUAAUGUUUUACUUGUAAUUAGGUUUUGGGCACAAACUGCUGGUCAUGAUUUAUAUCUACCAAUCAGCCAUAACCUUGUUGUAUCGAUGGUGAGUUAACGACGGCAGCACUCUUCUACACAUUAUUUCUUUGCAAGCAAUAUUGGCUGUCGUAUUAUACAUGUUUAUAACAUAAUAUUUCUAGCAGCAUACUUUCUGCAAAUUAAUAUAACGUUUCAAAAAGUAGAAGGUACUUUAUUGUCCUCGUAUGGAUAAGAAAAACCCAUUUCUCAUAUUAAAUAAGCAAACUCAUACCAAGAAUUUUGUAUGAUCAACUAUUUAACUGUAUACUAAUUGCAUCCCCAGUCCUGCUUAAGCUAUAAAGUGUAUUCCGGCCUAAUUUAUUUACAAGAAAAAGUUAAAUAGAUCGGUUAUGACUCGUCACCAGGUUUGGUUCCACUUAAUAAGACAAUGUGACUCAAUUUGUGAGGACUGAUGGAGCUUUAUUCUUGUCCAACUGUACAUAUGACAUGAUUGGUACCACUUAAUAAUUAAUAUGACAAUAUGACUCAUUAUUGGACGACUGUUAGAGUUACAUUUUGUCAAAUUGUAUAUACAUUGUACGACAUGCACAUUCAAGGUCUGUUAUUAACCUUGCAUAGUUGUGAAUUGUUUUUCAUAUAUUGUGGUGGAUAUUUCUAAAAAUAUUUAAUCUUUUAUCUUAUAUUGGUAUGCUUCCGUGUUUCCGGAAAUUACAUCUGAUACUAUACUUUUUGGGUAUAAUAUAUCUUUCAAUGCAAGAGACUCUAAUUUCAGGGUGAUGGGGAGAAGAUUCAGAUCCUUGAGUAUGGUCAUGGUACGAGGGAGAAUGAUCCUUACCACAUGAAUCCUCCUUAGACUGUUGAUAAACUCAAGCGGAAAGUCUUUAUCCAUUGUACAGAUUGGGAAAUAAAUUGGACAUACCACCACUUGGGGAACAAACAACGCUUGAAUUAUCCAGAUUUUGGCUCACAUCAAUGCCUCACAUCGUAAAGAAACUUAUACUGCAACAUAUAUGGAGAAGAUCCGCUUAAAGCUUUGGACAGAACUAUAUAGCGAUUUUGAGAUAAUCAACCAGAAGGCAGCUUUAUUAUUGGAGUCCAGUAUCAGCUGAAUGUGAUGCAUAUUUGGCAAACGAAGCGACAAAAAUGUUAACAGCAAACAAGUUAGUUCUCAAAGAAAUUUCUUGCACCAGUUCUUUUAUGAUUUUAUUAUAUAUAAUUCCUUUUAUUUUUUGAAAGGGGAUCUUAGAAUUGUUUUUCGCCUUUGCUUACAUAAGAGAGAGAAGUAAAUCUUGGAAAUCGAUUAGUGACAAAUGACAAGAAUAUUAGAAGUAAAAGAUGUGGGGAAAAGUAUAUCUCCCAUUGCUGGAGAGUCCUCAUUAUAUAUAUUAAUCAUUAAACAGUAUCUGUAAGUCCCAUUUUCUUUUGACCUACCUAUAGAUCCUUUAUACAGUAGCUCAAAAUUGUCCUGGGCAGGUCCUUUUUCGAACCACGGAAACCUAUAUUGUUGUACAAUUUCGAUGAAGUUCCUCUCAUUUCUCAUAUUAAAUAAGCAAACUCAUACCAAGAAUUUUGUAUGAUCAAUUAUUUAACUGUAUACUAAUUGCAUCCCCAGUCCUGCUUAAGCUAUAAAGUGUAUUCCGGACUAAUUUAUUUACAAGAAAAAAUUAUAUAGAUCGGUACCACUAAUAUGACAAUAUGACUCGUUACCAAGUUUGGUACCACUUAAUAAGACAAUGUGACUCAAUUUUUGAGGACUGAUGGAACUUUAUUCUUGUCCAACUGUACAUAUGACAUGAUUGGAACCACUUAAUAAUUAAUAUGACAAUAUGACUCAUGUUCGAGGACUGUUAGAGCUACAUUUUGUCAAAUUGUAUAUAUAUUGUACAACAUGCACAUUCAAGGUCUGUUCCUAACCUCAUUUGCAUUGUUGUGAAUUGUUUUUCAUAUAUUGUGGUGUGAACUUCUAAAAAUAUUUAAUCUUCUAUCUUAUAUUGGUAUGCUUCCAUGUUUCCGGAAAUUACAUCUGAUACUAUACUUUUUGGGUGUAAUAUAUCUUUCAAUGCAAGAGACUCUAAUUACAGGGUGAUGGGGAGAAGAUUCAGAUCCUUGAGUAUGGUCAUGGUACGAGGGAGAAUGAUCCUUACCACACGAAUCCUCCUUGUACUGCUUUUAUUUAUAAUCUCCUUCUACUUUAUAAGCAUAUGGAACUAUUUAAAUAAUAAGUUAUGUUUUCUCAUUUGUUUUAGGACGAGUGUAUGUAAUAUGAGUUCUUUUAAAAACUAAUUACGUAAUUUAAUUUGCACGUUGGUUUCUUUAAUAUCAUCAUUAAGAGAGAACAUGAACGAAAUGAAUCAUAUCUGGGAGGCAGAAACAACAGAAAAUUUGGACUACUAUUAACUUAUGAACAUAGACAAAACAUUCGCCAAAAAGAUACUGUUCAUAAACUCAAGCGGAAAGUCUUUAUCUAUUGUACAGAUUGGGAAAUAAAUUGGACAUACCACCACAUACUGUUCAUAAACUCAAGCGGAAAGUCUUUAUCUAUUGUACAGAUUGGGAAAUAAAUUGGACAUACCACCACAUACUGUUGAUAAACUCAAGCAAAAAGUCUUUAUGUACUGUACAGAUUGGGAAAUAAAUUGGACAUACGACCACAAUUCAGGGCUGGAAGAAUAUCUUCGCAAUUGGUAAUAUUACAGAUCGUAAGUAAAUGCGAUAAAGGAUGCACCAUAGUCUACAAGCUGGCCUCCGGGGAACUGUUUGUCGGACCAAAACUUAAGCCGCUUCAGUUUAUGCUGUCUGAAGAUCUCAGGAGCAGGACUAUGUGGCUGGGCUAGCCCUGUUUCACCUCUCGAGGUGCCAAGCACAGUCAUCUUGGUUUUGCACAUUAAUGGAACUAACAGAAGGCAUUGGGCUGAUCGUUUGGGCUUCUGUAAGAGAGGAUGUGCUCCGCUAGCAUUUGACUGUAUCAAGAAUGGUGGGGGAGUAGAUUCAGCACAUUUUUUGGAAUACAAACAAUAUACACUGUUCUAUAUUGGCAAUGGUUUAUUACACUGCACAGCACUUUGGUUGAAAUCCCAUUUGAGUAAUAGGAUAUCAAAUAUCUGUCAAAAGGUAAGGGCUCUGCUAUCUAUUAAACUGCAGGUUAAGUGACAGGGAAUAAUACACUGAAAGAUUUGAGAGGUGGGAAGGUAAGAUGCAGAAGUUACAUAACCAAAGGUGAAUUUUAUUUCAAUUAUCUUCCGAACAGAGAAUCAGCCAAGCUAGUUCCUUUACUAACAUAUACAGACCAAUUUGUCUAGUAAUCUUAAUUACUUAAAUUGGGUUAUUUUGGCAUAAUUGCAUCUAAUAACUGUUUGAAUCUUUAAUUUAGUUUUUAUUAGAGCUUAAGCAUCUUGAGAAUUUUGAUGGGUCGUUAACUUGUAGCUGGUAUUGUGUUGAUUUUCCUAGUCCCUCUUGACAUUCGUGGUCAUGAAGAUGAAGAUGAAGCUACGUGUUAGUCAUCUGGGAAUCUUUAAUUAUGUUUUCACUCAACCUCUAUCUUAAUGCAGGUGCUUGGAUGUUGCGGAAGGAGUUAUGUCUUACAAAGGGCAGAUUGCAGUUAUACAUAUAAAUAGUGACGGUAGUGAAGAAGGGGCAACAUUUCUAAAGAUUCUCUAACCAUCUGCUGAACCAGAAACUCUGAUGGCUGGGAUGAGUUUAAAGCAAAUAAAAUUUUUAACCAUUUAUCGAGGAGUAAUAUUUUAUAUUCGUUACAUGGUAAUAUAAAUGUAGAACUAGUAAAUGAUUAUGAUUGGUAUGAGUAGGAAACAAGCCAGUCAAGCAUGCAUGAAUCUAUUGAAUAAGCUUUAGAAAAUUCUGGUCUAAGUGGAAUAGGGGAUGGAUGUCACCCAAUGAGAUUGAGUGUAAUCUGGUUAAACACUAACAUUGGUCAGGAAAAGUGCUCCCUGUGAAAAGUCUUGAUUAAGAUACAGAACCCGACUGAGAAACAAGUGAUUAAAAGUGUGUCCUGCAGUGUAUAUUUCUACUUUAGUUUAUCCCAGAGAUGUUUUCCUUUUUGCAUUUUAUUUCUUUUUCAAGUUUCUUUGAGUUUGUAACUUGUUCUCACAUAAAUUUACUCUGUGCAGUUGCAGAAGAUAGAGUAGGUUGAAGAACAUGCAUAAUUGCAUAUGCUGUUUCGGAACUUGUAGCAUUUAAUUCUGGUCCAUAUACCCUUUAGUUGCAAGCAUGAGGACCUACCACCAAAUGGCGGCAGUUAUUUUCCUCGGCCAUUGAACGGUGUCAGUAAGUCCCAUUUUCUUUUGAUCUGCCUCUAGAUACUUUAUACAGUAGCUGACAACUUUCUUGGACAUGACUUUUCAAACCAUGGUAUUGUUGUUCAAUUUCGAUGAAAUUCCUCUCUACAGGUAACAUUUCUACAUAUUAAUGUACAACUUUUAUUUUGACAAAGUGACUACAUUUGCUAUCUCACAUUUUCAUGGAAUUCUUCAGCAAAUUUGAUACUGCGGCUUGUCAUUUUCCUGGGCAGGGGAGCAUGCAACUUGCUAAUCACAACUGUCUUGGACAUGACUUUUUCCAACCAUGGUAUUGUUGUACAAUUUCGUUGAAAUUCCUCUCUACAGGUAACAUUUCUACAUAUUGUACAACGUUCAUUUUUACUAAGUGACUAUAUAUGCUAUCUCACAUGUUCUGUGGGCGGGAGUGCUUGCAACUGCUAAUUAAAUAAAGCGAUGGGUUUUCAUGACACAAUGCUCUGCACAUGAAUCACAUUCCAAAAUACCAUCUAAUGUUUUACUUGUAAUUAGGUUUUGGCACAAACUGCUGGUCAUGAUUCAUAUCUACCAAUCAGCCAUAACCUUGUUGUAUCGAUGAGACCUCAGAGCAACCCUAGGAGAAGGAAUCUAUGUCUGGUUUUGAAUGCCCCAUUCUUUCCGCCUUUCAUGCUGUCAUGUUGAGGUGCUACUGUUGCUUCUCAAAAGUGGGCUGAAGUUUCAAGUUUCCGUAAAUGCUAUAAGGGAUGCACCAUUGUCUACAAGCUGUCCUCUGGGGAACUGUUUGUCGGACCAAAACUUAAGCCGCUCCAAUCUCAGGAACAGGACUAUGUGGCUGGGCUAGCCCUGUUUCACCUCUCGAGGUGCCAAGCACAGUCAUCUUGGUUUUGCACAUUAAUGGAACUUACAGAAGGCAUUGGGCUGAUCGUUUGGGCUUCUGUAAGCAUUAUUUGAGUUUUGCUAUAGCUUUUUUUCUCAAAGUUCUAGCACAUCUAAUGAAUUGUUAUAAUCAGGUGAGAGAGGAUGUGCUCUGCUAGCAUUUGACUGUAUCAAGAAUGGUGGGGGAGUAGUUCCCAGCACUAUUGGAAUACAAACAAUAUACACUGUUCUAUAUUGGGAAUGGUUUAUUUCACUGCACAGUACUUUGGUUGAAAUCCCAUUUGAGUAAUAGGAUAUCAAAUAUCUGUCAAAAGUUAAGGGCUUUGCUAUCUAUUAAACUGCAGGUUAAGUGACAGGGAAUAAUACAUUGAAAGAUUUGAGAGGUGGGAAGGUGCUCGGAUGUUGCGGAAGGAGUUAUGUCUUACACAGGGCAGAUUGCAGUUAUACAUAUAUAUGGUGACGGUAGUGAAGAAGGGACAACAAUCUAAAGAUUCACUAACCAUCUGCUGAACCAGAAACUCCGGUGGCUGGGAUGAGUUUAAAGCAACUAAAAUUUUUAUCCAUUUAUCAAGCCAAAUUAGAGGUGUAAUUUUUUAUAUUUGUUACAUGGUAAUAUAAAUGUAGAACUAGUAAAUGAUUAUGAUUGGUAUGAGUAGGAAACAAGCCAGUCAAGCAUGCAUGAAUCUAUGGAAUAAGCUUUUGAAAAUUCUGGUCUAAGGGGAUGGAUCUCACCCAAUGAGAGUGAGUGUAAUCUGGUUAAACACUAACAUUGGUCAGAAAAAGUGCUCCUUGUGAAAAGUCAUGAUUAAGAUACAGAACCCGACUGAGCAACAAGUGAUUACAAGUGUGUCCUGCAGUGUAUUUUUCUACUUUUGAAAAUUUUAUUCUUAGUGGAGGGAUGUGACCCCAUGUAAGAGAUGGAGUGUAGUCUAGUUAACCACUGAAAUUAGCCAGGAAAAGUGUUACCUGCGAAAAGGCUUGAUUACGAUAUGGAACCCGACUGAGCAGCAAGUGAAUACAAGUGUCCUGCAGUGUGUAUUCCAAGGUUAGUUUAUCCCAGACCCGUUCUCCUUUUUGCCCUUUAUUUCUAUUUUCAGCUUCGUUUUGAGUUUAUCACUAAUUCUUCGGUGAGAUUACUCUGUGUGGUUGCUGUGUUUGAGAAAUUGUAGCUUUUAAUUUUGGUUCACAAGGACCUACCGUCAAAUGGAGGCAGUUUUUUCCUCGGUCAUUGAACAGUAUCUGUAAGUCCCAUUUUCUUUUGACCUACCUAUAGAUCCUAUUAUACAGUAGCUCAAAAUUAUCGUGGGCAGGCCCUUUUUCGAACCAUGGAAACCUAUAUUGUUGUACAAUUUCGAUGAAGUUCCUCUCUCAAGGUAACAAUUCUCCAUAAUAAUGUUGAAACAACCCGGGUCAAAUCCCGAGUCUUUUCGGAAAAUCGGGUCAAGUCCCAAAUUCCGAAUCCGAAAAUAAGCUGAAAUAAACUGGCCCAAUUGCAACAACUUGGGUAAUCCACAAGCCCACCACAGGCCCCCAAAAGAGCAAUUAGUAGUACUACUUAUGCUUAUAAACUGAACAAAUAUCCCCACUCUUCUCGAUGUGGGACUGGGGUGUUACAAAUGUAUACCGGUUUAUUUUUACAAAGUGACUCCAUUUGCUAUCUCACAUGUUCGUGGAAUUCCCCAGCAAAUUUUAUACUGCGGGACUUGUCGUUUUCUUGGGCAGGGGUGCAUGCAACUUGCUAAUCAAAGAAAGCAAUGGGUUUUCAAGACAGAGCAAAUUUGAUAGCAGGGCUAUUCGUUUUGGUGGGCAGGGGUGCAUGCAACUUGCUAAUCACAACUGUCUUGGACAUGACCUUUUCAAACCAUGGUAUUGUGGUACAAUUUUGAUGAAAUUCCUCUCUUCAGGUAACAUUUCUAAAUAUUAAUGUACAACGUCAUUUUUACAAAGUGACUAUAUUUGCUAUCUCACAUGUUCUGUUGGCGGGAGUGCAUGCAACCGCUAAUCAAAUAUAGUGAUGGGUUUUCAUGACAGAAUGCUCUGUACAUGAAUCACAUUCCAAAAGGCCAUCUAAUGUUUUACUUGUAAUUAGGUUUUGUGCACAAACCGGUGGUCAAGAUUUAUAUCUAGCAAUCAGCCAUAACCUCGUUGUAUCGAUGGUGAGUUAACGAUGGCAGCACUCUUGUACACAUUAUUUCUUUGCAAACAAUAUAGGCUGUUGUAUUAUACAUGUUUAUAACAUAAUAUUUCUAGUACCAUACUUUCUACAAAUUAAUAUAAUGUUUCAAGAAGUAGAAGGUACUUUAUUGUUCUCCUAUGGAUAUGAAAAAGCGAAAAACCCAUUUCUCAUAUUAAAUAAGCAAACUCAUACCAAGAAUUUUGUACGAUCAACUAUUUAACUUUAUACUAAUUGCAUCCCCAGUCCUGCUUAAGCUAUAAAGUGUAUUCUGGCUUAAUUUUUUUACAAGAAAAAGUUAAAUAGAUCGGUUAUGACUCGUCACCAGGUUUGGUACCACUUAAUAAGACAAUGUGACUCAAUUUGUGAGGACUGAUGGAGCUUUAUUCUUGUCCAACUGUACAUAUGACAUGAUUGGUACCACUUAAUAAUUAAUAUGACAAUAUGACUCAUUAUUGGAGGACUGUUAGAGUUACAUUUUGUCAAAUUGUAUAUACAUUGUACAACAUGCACAUUCAAGGUCUGUUAUUAACCUUGCAUAGUUGUGAAUUGUUUUUCAUAUAUUGUGGUGGAUAUUUCUAAAAAUAUUUAAUCUUUUUUCUUAUAUUGGUAUGCUUCCGUGUAUCCGGAAAUUACAUCUGAUACUAUACUUUUUGGGUAUAAUAUAUCUUUCAAUGCAAGAGACUCUAAUUACAGGGUGAUUCAGAUCCUUGAGUAUGGCCAUGGUACGAGGGAGAAUGAUCCUUACCACACGAAUCCUCCUUGUACUGCUUUUAUUUAUAAUCUCCUUCUACUUUAUAAGCAUAUGGAACUAUUUAAAUAAUAAGUUAUGUUUUCUCAUUUGUUUCAGGACGAGUGUAUGUAAUAUGAGUUUUUUUAUAAACUAAUUACGUAAUUUAAUUCGCACGUUGGUUUGUUUAAUACCAUUAAGAGAGAAACUGAUCGAAAUGAAUCAUAUUUGGGGGGCGGAAACAACAAAAAAUUUGGACUACUAUUAACUUAUGAACAUAGACAAAACAUUCGCCAAAAAGGUGGGCUGAAGUUUCAAGUUUCCGGGUUCUCUGUUCAUUCACUCUGAUACUGAUAUGAAUCUUGUUGUGUUUCAUAGAGACUGUUGAUAAACUCUAGCAGAAUGUCUUUAUCUAUUGUACAGAUUGGGAAAUAAAUUGGACAUACCACCACUGACAGGGAAUAAUACACUGAAAGAUUUGAGAGGUGGGAAGGUAAGAUGCAGAAGUUACAUAACCAAAGCUCAGAUGUUGCGGAAGGAGUCGUUCUUAUAAAUAGUGAUGGUAGUGAGGAAGCGGCAAAAAUCUUUAAAAUUUUCGAAACAUCUGCUUAGCCAGAAAUCCUGAUUGCUGGGAUGAGUUCAAAGCAACUCAUAUUUUGGUCUUUUUAUCAAGCAAAACUGGAGGAAAAGUGUUACCUGCGAAAAGGCUUGAUUACGAUAUGGAACCCGACUGAGCAGCAAGUGAUUACAAGUGUCCUACAGUGUGUAUUCCAAGAAAUUGUAGCUUUUAAUUUUGGUUCACAAGGACCUACGGCCAAAUGGCGGCAGUUUUUUCCUCGGUCAUUGAACAGUAUCUGUCCUUUUUCGAACCACGGAAACCUAUAUUGUUGUACAAUUUCGUUGAAGUUCCUCUCUCAAGCAAAUUUGAUACUGCGGGACUUGUCGUUUUCGUGGGCAGGGGUGCAUGCAACUUGCUAUUCAAAGAAAGCAAUGGGUUUUCCUGACAAAGCAAAUUUGAUACUGUGGUUUGUCGUUUUAGUGGGCACGGGUGCAUGCAACUUGCUAAUCACAACUGUCUUGGACAUGACUUUUUCAAACCAUGGAGUGCAUGCAACUGCUAAUCAAAUAAAGCGAUGGGUUUUCAUGACAGAAUGCUCUGUACAUGAAUCACAUUCCAAAAGACGAUCUAAAGUUUUACUUGUAAUUAGGUUCUGUGCACAAACUGCUGGUCAUGAUUUAUAUCUACCAAUCAGCCAUAACCUUGUUGUAUCGAUGAAUCAGGGCUGGAAGAAUAUCUUUGCAAUUGGUAAUAUUACAGAUCGUAAGAUGGGGCACAAACAAGGCUUGAAUUAUCCAGAUUUUGGCUCACAUCAAUGCCUCCACAUCGUAAGGAAACUUAUACUGCAACAUAUAUGGAGAAGAUCUGCUUAAAGCUUUGGAAAGAACUAUAUAGCGAUUUUGAGCGGGCAGCGUUAUUAUUGGAGUCCAGUAUCAGCUGAAUGUGAUGCAUAUUUGGCAAACGAAGCGACAAUAAUGUUAACAGCAAACAAUAAAUCUUGGAAAUCGAUUAGCGACAAAAACAUUAUAAGGAGAUCCAUAAUGAUCUUCUGUAUGGUACUUUGCAUAUCGUUCGUCCAGAACUUCUCGAUAUCGGACUGGGGUGUUACAGAAUCACAUUCCAAAAGACCAUCUAAUGAUUUGCUUGCAAUUAGCUUUUGUGCACCAACUACUGUUCAUGAUUUGUAUCUACCAAUCAGAUUCUUGUUGGUUCAAUGGUUGGAUCUAGUAAUAUCAUUAAGAGAGAAAAGGACCGAAUAAAUCAUAUCUUGCUGGAGAAACCACGGAAAAUUUGGUCUACUCUUUAGCUUAUGAACACAGACAAGAAACUUUCCAAAAAAGAUGGUGUUCUUUCUUCUCACAAGUGGGCUGAAGUUUCAAGUUGGGUAUGCAUAGUGUUAUCAUGUUACGGUAAAUGACACUGUGGGAACAUAAGCCCUAGGGCACUAUCAUCAUGAGGAUACAGUUGUAGCAGUAAUAACUAGGACAGGUACCAAUGCUUGCUAUUUGAGUGUGCAGAGGCUAUUAUCAAAUGCUAAGACCUUCUCACUAUAUCAGGAGGUUCGUGCCAGAAGUGUAGUUGAUUAUUUACGGAUUUUCGUGAGUGUUUAUUCGCUACUUCAAGGAUGCCACCUAGAAGAGAUACCUCGAGAGGACAACAAAUAGUGAUGGACAGGGAGACUUUCUUGGACAUGGUUAGGGAAGUUGCAAAUCAACAAAGACAAAACCCGGGCGCUAAUAAUGUGCCAAAUCAAGAAGGUCAAACUAUGUUCGACCGUUUUAUGAAGCAAAGGCCUAACAGUUUCAAGGAAGCCAAACACCCUAUGGAUGCUGAGGCUUGGAUCGAUCACAUGGAGAAGAUAUUUCGUGUACUAAAUUGUUCUGAAGAGGAGAAAGCUCGCUUUGGUGUUUACCGUCUUGAAGGGGAUGCUGGCACUUGGUGGAAAUCAGUGGUGGCUUCCCAUCCGGCGGGAUAUGAGGACGCUCUCACUUGGAAUGUGUUUAAGGCGCAAUUCGAUCAAUGAUACUUUCCUGCUAGUGUUCGUGAGGAAUAUGCUCGAGAAUAUCAGAGUAUCGCUCAAAAGGAUGAUGAGUCUGUGGCGGAUUUUCAGGUUCGAUUUCAGAGGUUGGCUGGCUAUGCUCGAUCUAUUGCCGGGAAUGAGCAAGAUAAAAUUAUGAAGUUUAAAUGGGCUUUGAAGGAUUCUAUUCGCAACCAUAUCAUUUCUAAUCGCUAUGCUACUAUGGAUAGUUUGGUGGACAGUGCUAGAGAUCAGGAACUUCAUCAGGUUGACUGUGCCAAACGUCUUGAGGUUCAGAAUCAGAAAAGAAAGAGAGGUGAUGACACAACCGAGGAAACACAAGAUUUUCAGAAAAACGGAGAAUCUUCAGAUGUAUUCACGCAGACUGAUCGUAGAUACAACACUCGAAAUUUUCAUCAGGGUAAAGGGAACCAAGAAAAAGGACAAAAUGGAUCAUCUAACAAGAAUCAGGAUGAAGAAAAAUCUCGUUGUAAACAUUGUGGGAAGACCCAUGGCGGAAGUACAUGUCAUUGGACUACUGGCGCUUGUUUUAGAUGCGGAAAACAAGGCCACACUAUUCGAGACUGCAAGAAAUCGUUUAAUCAGCGUGAUGAUCAAGAUGGACAGACGAAAAAGAAUGCUAUAAAUGAAUAAGGUUCGUGCCAGAAGUGUAGUUGAUUAUUUACGGAUUUUCGUGAGUGUUUAUUCGCUACUUCAAGGUAAUCAGGGGUUAGCGGGACUUGAGAUGAGUGCUACCCAAACUAGUUUGUUAGAUUAUUUAAUAAAUUCCAGGACUUGGUUUAGUUGAAUUUUCACUUUUUAUUAGUUUCAUGUGGAGAUUUUCAAACUACUUUUAGACAUUGAGAUUAUUAUUUUUAUUUCUCAGUUUUUGGUUGAUAUCGUUCAGGUUUGAUUUCGAUAUUUCAUUGUUAAAUAAUAGCCUGAAAAAUUGGGCUGUUACAGUUGGCAUCAGAGCCAGGUUAUGAUUCUGUAGACUAGCCUUAGGGCAUUUGACCUGUGAGUUUGGGUUUACUUCGUAUGGGUAGAAGUAAGAUUUUUGAUAUAAUGCUGCGAUAAUUACUCGAUGUUUGCUCUAUAUGUGUUUUCAUAAUAAAUGUUGCAGGAUGCCACCUAGAAGAGAUACCUCGAGAGGACAACAAAUAGUGAUGGACAGGGAGACUUUCUUGGACAUGGUUAGGGAAGUUGCAAAUCAACAAAGACAAAACCCGGGCGCUAAUAAUGUGCCAAAUCAAGAAGGUCAAACUAUGUUCGACCGUUUUAUGAAGCAAAGGCCUAACAGUUUCAAGGAAGCCAAACACCCUAUGGAUGCUGAGGCUUGGAUCGAUCACAUGGAGAAGAUAUUUCGUGUACUAAAUUGUUCUGAAGAGGAGAAAGCUCGCUUUGGUGUUUACCGUCUUGAAGGGGAUGCUGGCACUUGGUGGAAAUCAGUGGUGGCUUCCCAUCCGGCGGGAUAUGAGGACGCUCUCACUUGGAAUGUGUUUAAGGCGCAAUUCGAUCAAUGAUACUUUCCUGCUAGUGUUCGUGAGGAAUAUGCUCGAGAAUAUCAGAGUAUCGCUCAAAAGGAUGAUGAGUCUGUGGCGGAUUUUCAGGUUCGAUUUCAGAGGUUGGCUGGCUAUGCUCGAUCUAUUGCCGGGAAUGAGCAAGAUAAAAUUAUGAAGUUUAAAUGGGCUUUGAAGGAUUCUAUUCGCAACCAUAUCAUUUCUAAUCGCUACGCUACUAUGGAUAGUUUGGUGGACAGUGCUAGAGAUCAGGAACUUCAUCAGGUUGACUGUGCCAAACGUCUUGAGGUUCAGAAUCAGAAAAGAAAGAGAGGUGAUGACACAACCGAGGAAACACAAGAUUUUCAGAAAAACGGAGAAUCUUCAGAUGUAUUCACGCAGACUGAUCGUAGAUACAACACUCGAAAUUUUCAUCAGGGUAAAGGGAACCAAGAAAAAGGACAAAAUGGAUCAUCUAACAAGAAUCAGGAUGAAGAAAAAUCUCGUUGUAAACAUUGUGGGAAGACCCAUGGCGGAAGUACAUGUCAUUGGACUACUGGCGCUUGUUUUAGAUGCGGAAAACAAGGCCACACUAUUCGAGACUGCAAGAAAUCGUUUAAUCAGCGUGAUGAUCAAGAUGGACAGACGAAAAAGAAUGCUAUAAAUGAAUAAGGUUCGUGCCAGAAGUGUAGUUGAUUAUUUACGGAUUUUCGUGAGUGUUUAUUCGCUACUUCAAGGUAAUCAGGGGUUAGCGGGACUUGAGAUGAGUGCUACCCAAACUAGUUUGUUAGAUUAUUUAAUAAAUUCCAGGACUUGGUUUAGUUGAAUUUUCACUUUUUAUUAGUUUCAUGUGGAGAUUUUCAAACUACUUUUAGACAUUGAGAUUAUUAUUUUUAUUUCUCAGUUUUUGGUUGA